GCCCUGUAGCAGUAUGACAAAAAUAGCAGACGACAGUACGCUGCGGCGGCCCUCAUCUCGUCUUGCCGUGCCUGGACGUGAGUGCGGAGGAAGAUUAGCGAUCCGUUUAUAAUUUUAUCGAAGUUUUGUCAAAGCGCGAAACAUUUACGAACGACGAACCCAUUACGAAAAUGGCCGAGAUAACAGAUUUCGGACCGAAAAAGACGAUUUUUAUACUCGCGAUUGUGGCUAGCUGUUUCGCGGUAUUAUGGCCGAAAAUUUUCUACCCUAUGCUCACAGCAUCUGUCACUCCACAUCAGCCUACGACAGACAGUUCUGUGUGCUGCGAAGUAAUAUUUGAAAGCGAUGUCACUGCAGUGGAUAUUAUGCAAGAAAUGUGUCAAAAUAUAUUGAGGCAUCAUCCAGUUGAUCCACGUAUCAGAGAUGCGUUAAAGCUUAACAAGCUAAGCCCACAAACCGCGAGUUUGUGUAGAGAGGAGGUUCUAGCCAGAUGUGGCAUAGAUUUAUCAUCUUUUCUCGCUGAAAGGGAACGGUUGGGGAAAACCUACAAACAAGUAUUGGAGGAAAUUAGAUCGUUCAAUAGUUCCCUUUGCCUUAAGAUGAACUUUGGUAUACCAUUGUCUCAAUUAGGGAUACCUCAUCUUAUUAGAUAUCAUAUCUUGAUGCCACAUAAUACUAUACGACAGGAGCGUCGUACUCCUCCUCACGCAGGCGGAAUGCAUCCUGCGAUGAGAGAGCGGGGAAGGGCCAUACCAUCCUCUCACAUUGUACCAAAAAUAAUGGAUAGAUCUGAUCGUAUUAUACCAAAAAUGAGGCCACCUCUUGGUGGUGCUGGUCAUGUUGUUCCAGCUCCCAAGGGAAAUGGUACAAUGGGAAUUAUCAUGCCACUAUAUACAAUAGGAAUAGUUUUGUUUUUCCUGUACACCAUUAUUAAGGUCUUGAAAAAAAAUUCCGAUAGCGAGAUUAUUUCGGAAUAUCCAGGGGCAGCUGCUGAAAAGGAAUUUCGGAAAAUGGUGUUCUCUCCAGAAGCUCUCGCUACUGCAAUGACUGGAGGUACGCUACCUUAUCCAAGGGAAAAGUCACCAUAUAGAACUGCACCGACUAUAGAGGAGUUGAAGGAUCUAGAUGAGGCUCCAAAGUCCAAUGGUCUAGCAGGGGUCGAUCGCGGUUCUAAGGAAGAGACUACAGUUCCGGAAUCACAUAGUAGAGAAGAUGAAGAGUUAGAUGCAGUUGAACAAUCACCAACAGUUAAAGUUAUGGGUAUGGAAAUGACAGCUAGUUGUGAAAGUGGACAGAAAUGUAGCAGACCUACUACCCCCAUUAUCCUUACACCAAGUAAUGUCGAAAGAGAAAAAACGCCACCAAAACCUAUAUAUUUAGAAGGUGCACUACCGUCGCAAUGUGAAUUACUCGUAACCGAUUCAGAAACACAAGCAGAGAAGUCAGAGGACGACGAUGACGCUCCCGUUGUUCUCUCAGGCAAAAUGACCCUCUCCCUCAUCAGCCUCGACCAGAUUCCAGCUGAUUCAGAGGAUGAAGGUCGAAAUGGAAAGGAAAAAAAACCCUUGAAAAAGAAAAUAAAUGCAGAAGUUGAGAAUGUACCAAACAAAAAAUCAAAGUUGUGGCAGAAAGAAGAAAAGGAGGAAGAUGAAGAAGGAGAGGAGGAAGAAGAGGAUAAAGAAGAAGAGGAGGUAGAGGAAGAGGAGGAGGUAGAGGAAGAGGAGGAGGUAGAGGAAGAAGAAGAAGAGAAAAUAGAGGAGAAGAAAGAAGAGAAGGUAGAGGAAGAGGAAGAAGAGGUAAUAGAGGAAGAGGAAGAAGAGAUAAUAGAGGAAGAGGAAGAAGAGAAGGUAGAGGAAGAGGAAGAAGAAGAGGAAGAGGAAGAAGAGAAUGUAGAAGAAGAGGAAGAGGAUAUGGAAAAGGAAUCUGAGGAUGAAUAUGAAGAAAAGGAUUGAAGAGGAGGAAUCAAUCUUCAAUCCAGAUGAACAUGACGAAGAAUACUGGAAAAAUAUGGAAAGUAAAAUGAAUAAAAAAGAAACCAAUCUAGAAUAAAAAGGCUAACAAUUUUGUUUCUUUAGGCAAAUCAGUGUUUACCAAUCUUUAAAGAUUGAUCCCUUUAUUAUAAAAAGCUACAGAAUUAUUACAAUAAUUAUAAGAAAGCUAAUAUAUAAAUAUACUCACGAUAUAAAAAUACAUAAACUUGUUGAUUAAGCACUGCCAAAUACCUAAAAUGUAUGUCUUAUAUGUAUUACCAAAUUUUCAUUUUUUUAACCGUUAUAUUUAACAUUUUAUAGAAUCAUAAAUUUAUUGACUACAGGGGCCAAAAGAAAGAGAGGCAGUGCUAUCUAUGUCAUAUUACAUUGGCAUAGACACUUUAAUUUGUAACACAUGUUAUAGGCCAUGUUAUUACUCUAUGUACUUAAAAAGUCAUUUAUGAAAUGUCUUUUAAAUCUUGCAAAUGCCAAGAAAACAAAAAAAAAAUAAUAA